AUGGAACCUCAUCGAAAUUUUCACAGUCAGUUAUGGUACUCGAACAUCCUAGCAAAGGAUUUUAGUCAAGAAGGAAAAGAGACCCUAGAUACUGGUACUAAAUCGGCCUAUGCUAUUACACCUGCGGGUCUAGACGCUCUGGCUGUUCUUAGAAUUAAGAUAAAUAAGCACCUGCUUUUAAAUUUACCAGACUGGAAAUCGUUGAAUUUCUCAGCACAUACCAAGCCAACGCGUUACGCCAGGCUGCGCCUAAGCAUUGGCAACUACAAUAACAAGGAUGCUAGAAAUCCAACAGCCCUAGUGUACGCAUACCUUAAACCUCCUUCUAGCUCCGUCAUGGGACCUACACUCGCCGUCGAAAUUAUUACAACUCAUGUCAUGGACGGUUCUAGUACCAAAACCGUGGUUAGCGAGCAAGCUAUUCAUAGUACUAAAACCAAACCUCCUACCUAUCUUUAA